UGUAUAGGUAGUGUAGUAUGUAGGUAAUUAUAGCAUGUUCUUUUUCAACGACGCUUACCUACCUAAGUUACCUACUAGCUUAAGCUAGCUAUCGAACGAUUAUCUCGGCAAUGACUCACAAGCCGUUGACGAUACUUAACUUUUAAGAUUCAAAGCCUGUGCAAUCCGUCGCUAAGCGUGGCAUAUUUAAUGAUAUGAUACUCAGAGUUUGCAUUUUCCGCUGUACUUCUAAUAACUGAAGAGUUGCUACUCCUACGUACAUCAUACUGUAUAUCAUCCCCCUUUCAUUUUUGGGUUUGUUUCGUGUGCUCGAGAUUGUGGUUCGAUCCGGGGUGUUUCGAAAAAAAGAAAAAACAAGGAAACAGGAAGCAGGAUCCGGGUUACAGGAUACUUACUUACUGCCAGCAAGGUACUAUACUAACCGAGCCAGUUAGGAACUUGCGCUUCGGGAUAUUAUUCUACGGGUACCUGGCCAAAAUGCCGAAUAUCGUAGUCGUAGGGGCGGGCGUCUCCGGUCUUACGUCGGCGUAUCUCCUGUCGAAGCAGAAGGAUAAUGUCAUCACCGUUGUCGCCAAGCAUAUGCCGGGCGACUACGACAUCGAGUACGCGUCGCCGUUUGCUGGUGCGAAUGUCUUACCCAUGUCGACCGCGGGGAAUAGCUCGUGGGAGCGUCGCACCUGGCCGGAAAUGAAGCGGCUCGCGACCGAGGUGCCCGAGGCUGGUAUCCAUGAAUUGAAGUCUCGCGUGUACCGUCGGGAGAAGGACCUCGAGAAGCUGAGGAGCGGCGGCUACAGCUUCGACGGGCUGUUUCAGGAGAACCCAUGGUACCGGGACCUCUUCGACGAUUUCCGCGAGCUCUCGGCGGAGGAGCUUCCCGAGGGCAUGGCGUCGGGCUGCGAGUUCGGCUCCGUCUGCAUCAACGUCAUGCUCUACCUGCCGUGGCUCCUCGGCAAGUGCAGGGCCAACGGCGUCGUGUUCCGCCGCGGCCAGGUGAAGCACAUCUCCGAGGCGGCGGCGCUGAGCCACACCGGCAAGGCAGCCGAUGUCGUUGUUAAUACGACGGGCUUGAUGUCUUGCCGGCUCGGCGGGGUCAUGGACCAGAACGUCGUGCCGGUCCGCGGCCAGGUCGUCGUGGUCCGAAAUGAGGCGCCGUACAUGAUCACCAAGUCCGGCACGGAUGACGCCGACGACGAAGUCGCCUACAUUAUGAUGCGGGCUUCCGGGGGAGGCACGAUCUUGGGGGGUACCUAUCAAAAGGGGCAGUGGGAGAGCCAGCCGGACCCGAAUAUAGCUAUGCGGAUCAUGCGGCGGGCAGUGGAGAUGAUGCCUGAGCUUACGAACGGAAAGGGGGUGGAGGGCUUAGAUAUUGUCCGCCACGGCGUUGGUCUCCGCCCAUAUAGAAAUGGUGGCGUAAGGAUCGAGAAGGAGAAAAUUGACGGGACCUGGGUCGUUCAUAAUUACGGGCACGCUGGCUGGGGAUACCAGGGCUCGUACGGCUGCGCAGAGGAUGUUGUAGGGCUCGUGAAUGAGGCAUGUUAAAUCCCAUAGUAAUCUGAACGGACGAGGUUAUCUCGAGACUCAGGGAGAUCGACCCACAUUUAUUUUGGGAGUUCAAUAAAUGGAAAUUAUGGAAUGCAUACCGCCCCACAUGCUACGGAUGGUCUAGGCCUAAACUAGCUAGCGCAUGGCAUAGCUGCAUUCUACUCAAGCUACAUAUGCAUAACUAGUUAACUACUUCGUUAUACAUCAAACUGCACA